AUGGUGGAGCGCACUUCACCUGAGAUCAUGGUAUGGGACUUCUUUCGCGAGCGCCAAGGUCCAGUGGCGCCUUUGGGCCUGCCUGGCGGCAGCCGCUUGCAGUUCGUCGGCUCCCCGGUGCCGCUGCACAUCAUCCCUUCGCUCAACCCUCCCGUCCACCUCCGAGUUGAAAGGGACGACAUGGAAGCCGAUGACGUCGAAUCGGAGGUGCAGCACUUGGUAGUGGGCACCUUCCACACCAACCUCUAUCACUCGCUCCGAAACGACUGGCCCACCACGCCCAUCGCUCUUACCCGCAGCAAUACGUCGUACCAGCCGUAUGAAGGAGAGGAAGACAAGCACAUCGUGGAUCCGUAUCCGCUAGAGACCAACAAGGUUGUGCUCAACAGCUGCCAGUUCACAGAGUUCCCCUCGGAGCUUGUGGCAACACUUCCUCGCCACAGCAGAUGGACGUCAAAGCCCGUCUUGCACCACCUCGACCUCAGGUUCAACAAAAUUACUGCGAUCCCGGACUCGGUGUUUCAACGGCUGUCGAACAUCCGCGUUUUGAUCUUGUCUAACAACCGCUUCGCGUCCUAUCCUACUGCAAUCACUCACCUCAAGGAUACGCUCGAGUUCUUGGAUAUUGGCGACAACAACAUCCCGAUUAUUCCUCCGGUCAUCGCCGCGCUUACAAACCUGACUUUCUUGCGGCUCUCCAAGAACCCCAUCAAUGAGUCCCCUUUGCCCGAUCAACUUGGUUUGCUGACAAAGCUCCAGAACCUGCGGUUGUACAAAACGGGCAUCAGCGAAGUGCCGCCGUGUGUGACUCGCUUGGUCAACCUGGUACAACACUCGCGACUCCCCGUCUCUGCUGGCCAGCCUAACAGUUGGAGUGGGGAUGCCCGCGAGUAG